CAGUACGAAGUUUUGGAAGCUUCUCUUCAUUUGGCAAUGGCAUGGGAAGCAGAUGAAAAAUCUAUGCAACCAGAAUAUCUGAAGCAUUUCAAUGGACUGGUGAAUGAACGGACACAACCACAGACUUGGAGAAAAAACCUUACAGGAUCCGUCAAGAUGCUAGGAGGAGGAGAAGGUUGUGAUACUGUCGUUUUUGAAGUGAAGUAUAAAGACCAGAACCGUGCCGUAAAGCUUUUAAAAAUCAAUAACGACGAUGAUGCACGAAGUGCGGCCAACGAAUUAUUGGUUUGCAAGAAGGUAUCAGAGCUCAAAAAAGCUCAUAUCUUCCUGUCAGUUUUGGAUUCAUUUUUGGCCAAUGCGAACCAGUUGCCAUUGCAGUUCCGGCCUGCGCUUCGUCUCAGCUUAGAAUAUGAUGAAAGUAUAGAGAGUGUUGGUCCCUAUUUCCUCAUCAUCAUAAUGGAAUUAGGCGGUCCGUCAACAUCCCAAUUCAAAUAUGCCACCCCAAUGCAAAGAGUGUCAGUCGUCGGCCAACUAAUUGCGGGAUUAAUGAUUGCGGAAAGGAGUUUGGAUUUGGAACACAACGACAUCAAGUCUCUCAAUAUACUCCUAAGAGUUGUGAACAGAAGCAACAAAUUGAUCUUCACUAUAAACGGCAAUGACUACACAUUCAAAGAUCAUGAAAUUCGAGUUCAACUCGUAGACUUUGGAAAAAGCCGAAUCAAUCAAAGUGAUGAACGGAGUCACGAUCGCACUUGGCACCCCAAAGAUCUACAAGCACUCAAAUUUCUUACGAAGCGUAUUUUGAAUUUGCCAAAAGUGUCUAAGGGGUCUGAUCAAUCAAAAGAUGAAAAUAAAGAAUUCGAGCUUCUGCAGAAAACAAUUGAAGAAUGCGUACUGGAUCACAAAAAAUGGGUCCCAAUUUUCAGACUUAUUGAAAAAAUUCUGUUGAAAUAAGCAUAUGCUCACAUCAUAGCCAAGAAAAGACGACUACUCGGAAAUGUCCUUUUUUUAUUUUUAUUUUUCUCAUACAAACUUUUUUCGCCUUUUUCAAUAAACCUUUUUUAAUAAACUCAUCGAUUAGCA